GUGAACUCUGGCUCCCGCCUCUUCCGUUUCCGCCGCCGUCGCCCACUUCUAUGCCGGCUGAGUGCUAUUGUUUCUCUGCGGGCACCAGAUGACUUGCUCUGGAGCUGCUGCAACUGACUGAUUUGGGGAUGCACAGACUGACAUUGGAAAUGAGAGGGGAAUCAAGCUUUGUUUCAUCCCGGUUAGUGACAGUAAAUCAAUAGAAGAUGGGAGAGGCUGAAAGCAGAUCUAAAUCAUCUUCAGGAUUCCUUCCAGAAUGGAGUUUGGCCUUCUGGACUCUGUGUUCAGUGAUGGUACCAGUGAUGUUCACCUUGUGGUGCAGUUUUCGGCGAUCUCGGAGGCAAGGACUUCUGCAGGUUGUCUUGCAUAAAAGCAAACAUGAUUGGCAAGAUAUAGACUUCUUUAGCCAGCCUACCUAUUGCUGUGUCUGCACUCAACAUAUUCUCCAGGGAGCUUUCUGCAACUGCUGUGGGCUGUGUGUUGAUGAAGAAUGCCUGAAGAAAGCUGAUGGCCAUUUCCUAUGCAAGGAAAUUGUGCCAAGAAACCAAGAUGGGAGACCGGCUUCUAUGGUGCACCAUUGGAUCCGAGGCAAUGUUCCACUGUGUAGCUACUGUGUGGUGUGCAAACUACAAUGUGGUACUCAACCUAAGCUCUGUGAUUACAGGUGUAUUUGGUGCCAGCAAACUGUACAUGAUGAUUGCAUGCAGAGUUCUUUGAAGAAUGGGAAGUGUGAAUUGGGAGAGUUUCGCAACCUCAUUAUCCCCCCAAUUUACUUGCUCAAAGUCUGUCAGAUGCGUAAAAGUAAACACAUGAAUGACUACAAGCUAUCUGAGUCUUAUGGGAAAAAUUGGACCCCAGUAAUAAUUCUGGUCAAUAUUCGGAGUGGAAACAAUAUGGGGGAAACACUGUUAGGACAAUUCAAGAUCUUAUUAAAUCCAAUUCAGGUGUUUGACCUAACCAAAACAACUCCAGCAAAAGCACUCCAGCUUUGUACCUGGCUACCUAGCAAUUCUGUCAGAGUCCUUGUUUGUGGUGGAGAUGGCACGGUGGGUUGGGUCCUGGAUGCAAUUGAUGGCAUGAAAUUAAAGGGGCAAGAAAGGUAUGUCCCUCGGGUUGCGAUUUUACCCCUGGGCACAGGUAAUGACCUAUCAAAUACCCUCGGCUGGGACACUGGCUAUACUGGGGAAGUUCCAGUGGAGCAGAUUCUACACAACAUCAUGGAUGCAGAUGAAAUCCGGUUGGACAGGUGGAAGGUUCAGGUAAUAAACAAAGGAUACUACAACUUAAGAAAAUUGAAGGUAUUCACAAUGAAUAACUAUUUUUCAGUAGGUCCAGAUGCCCUCAUGGCUUUAAACUUUCAUGAGCACCGUGAGAAGACUCCGUCUCUUUUUACUAGCAGGAUUAUUAACAAGGCUGUGUAUUUUUUUUAUGGAACCAAAGAUUGCUUAGUUCAGGAAUGUAAGGAUCUAAACAAAAAGAUUGAGCUAGAGUUGGAUGGAGAGAAGAUCGACUUGCCCAGUUUGGAGGGGAUCAUAGUGCUAAAUAUUGCCUACUGGGGAGGUGGCUGUCGACUAUGGGAAGGAAUGGGGGAUGAACUUUAUCCUCUAGCAAGGCAUGAUGAUGGACUGCUGGAAAUUGUUGGAGUCAAUGGCUCAUUUCACUGUGCACAAAUUCAAGUGAAGCUUGCAAAUCCUGUCCGGCUGGGACAGGCCCAUACAGUAAGGUUGAUCUUGAAGAACUCAAAGAUGCCAAUGCAGGUGGAUGGGGAACCUUGGGCACAAGGCCCUUGCACCAUCACUAUUACUCACAAGACCCACGCACUGAUGCUCUAUCACUCAGGUGAACAGACAGACGACGAGGUGUCCAGUGUGUCUGAACAGGAGCUGACAAAAGAUCAAACUGAUGAAGACACAUAGAUCUUGAUCCAGGCUUGGCCUGUUAACUAGUAAUGGUAGUUCAGCAUGGCUUCUGCUGAAGAACCCUUGCACUACGAUCGUGGCUCUCACAGAGGCUGUACCAUCUCUGCUUUUAUGAACGGCA